AUGACUAUGCGCGACCUCUCCAAGGACGACGAUUUUUUGUCGCAUUUGCUCGUCGAGAAGCUAGGUACGGGUGCGGUCCCUCUCCUGGUCCACAAAAUGGACCCAUCGAGGAAAUUGCCAAAGACCGACGCUCAACAGCUCCUCCAGAUCGUGCGACGCCUUGUCACUAGUAAGCUUCCGGUGCAGCAUGCAACCAGGCAGGCCGUGGACGACCUUCUUAAACUCUCUCCAAUUCGGUACUAUCUCCAAAAUUACCAGCAGAAACAGAUCAACGCGUUUGCCACACACGCAUCUCGUUACUUUGAACUUUAUCACCCAUCGGGAUGCAUUGAAAUCGCUCAUACCUCGCGGUACUCACAUCGCACCGGAAAAUCCGAGCUGUGCAUUCUGGCGACGCGACCUCUCACCCCUGGUUCUGUUAUAACCGAGCUGAAGGGCUCUAUGGCCAACCUCUCAGAGGAGGAAGACAAGGAACUCAAGCGCACAGAUAUUAAGAAUAUCGAUAUCCGCCGCGAUUUCAGUGUCAUUCACUCCAAGCAGAUGAAGAAGAACCAUCUCUUCCUGGGGCCUGCCCGAUUUGUCAACCACGAUUGUGAUAACAACUGCGAACUCUUCCGUGAGGGAAAAUAUAUUACAUUUCGUGUGAUGCGUCCCAUUGCAGUGGGAGAGGAGAUAACCGCCCAUUACGGCGAUGGAUACUUUGGUCGCAAGAACCGCCAUUGUUUGUGUGAAACAUGCGAGAGGAGGGGCCGUGGUGGAUACGCACCUGAUCAUAGGGACUCGGAUGCUGGAUCAGGCUCAGAAUCAGGUUCAGGCAGCGACUCGGAUGACGCGGGGUCUUCAACCGACUCUGAUUCAGCCAACAAGAGGCCGCAAAUACCGCUGAACAUCAACGAGCGACGUACGCGCAGAGGGGUGUAUGCUACAGUCCAGGUCGAAGAUGAUUCUUCGGACGACAGUGAAGACGACGCUGAAUCAUCGGAGCCUGUUAUUCAGUCCAAAGUAGAGGAAGUCACACCCGAAAUCGAGGGCCACCCACUUCUAUCCCCACUAAAUUCGUCUCGAUCUUGUUCCAGCGUGACGAACGCCGCUGUCCUCAUGACACCAGACCCCGACACUCUACCGCAUCCUCGUUCUUCCCCUCUCACGUCGGUAUCUUCCUCGCCUAUUCAUGACUCGAUAACAGGUGGCAAGGGCAGUAAACAAUCCACACCAACGUUUCGAUCCAUAAUCUCUACCCGCCGGCAGAAGGCUGCUGCUGCCAUCUCAGGGACCCCUCAAGCUGGGAUUAUACCGGCUUCCGAGGACAGCGUGUCUGUGGCAGGGAAAUCAAGUACACCUCAUGGUCGACGCUCUGCAUCCUCCAGCCGCGCUUCAGUCUCUACAAACCCUCGGUCCUCCAAGGGAAAAGAGAAAGCCUCGACCCCGAGUGUCUUAGAUUGCAAAGGUAAAGAGCCCAAGAUCAAAAAGGAGGAGAACGAGAGCAGAAUUUUGCGAGCUCGACCGUCUGUUGCGUCUGUAGUGCCAGUGGAAGUGACGCCGAAGAAACCAGAAAUUAUCUAUGGCUCCGAUGGUAAACCCUUGCCCAUGUGUGGGACGUGUAACAACGUACUGCCUCUCAUUUCUGUGGAUCACAAAAUCAUCUGGGGGUUAGAGGAGACUUCAUCUUCGUCAAGGAAGAAGAAGGAAAAGCGAGAUUGUCCUCGUUGUCUUCGACACUUUGCGAUAUAUGGGCAUCCAUGGCCUCAUAGGGUGCCCGUUCCUGGCUCGGGAAACCAUCCCACUCCCCGAGAAGAGCCCGCCCCUCCAGAACUUCCUGCUGCUCGUCAUACCACAAAGCCCUCGACAGCCAUUGACAAAAAGAUAGUGGCCGCGGCAACUUCUGUGAAAGUUGGGCAACGACGGCGACGUGAACAGGAGGGAGAGGAAUCUCCGGCCAAACGACGCAAGCUGGAGACCUCGAAGGUCUCGGUAGGAAUGUCUGCGAAGGCCAAGAAGGAGUUCAUGAAGAGCAAGCUUGCGUCCAAGGGCACGCCAAAGAUCCUCAAGUUCUAUGGCCGAGCAAGGGCGAAUAACAAGCCUACCACGUCCUCUCCAGAUGCUCCAAAACGCAAGCGAGGGAGACCAAGAUUGUCUUCUCCGAUCGCCCGCAAGAGGAGCAAGAGCACGAGUGCCAAGGAUUCUGGUUUCGACCAACCUCGGGAAUCCAACGGUCGGUUUGGGAGGAAGGACGAGUCUGCUAAGAAAACUGCGAAACGCAACAAGCCGACUACGCCAGCAGGGAGAAGGUUCUCGUCUGACGGCAAGACCUUGUCGACGAGGGCAGAGAGGGCAUUGGAGCGGGGCAAAGUGCGAUCAUGGCUCGACCAAGAGGCUGCAUCCCUUAAACGUGCCAGUGAGGUAUCGUCUGAUGACAGCCCGCGCAAACGGAAGUUUCACGACGAGGAUGUCGAAAUGGAAGUCGUGUCCACUUCCAAGGACUCCGAAGAGCGAGAGCAGAGCAAUACUACUCCUUCCUUCAGAGGAGGGCUCUUGGGUAGGCCUACGCCUUAUACGAUGGCACGACGACCAGUGUGGCAAGACGAGCAUUCGACAGAGGAGGAAACAUCCUCUUCUGAUGAGGCAGGGCCCUUUACCCCGGAUGAGACAAGAACUCCACCGGCUGUCACAGUUGAGGGAACUGAUAUCGAGAUCUCGGCGAAGCUCGCCCCUCCUUCUGCCCCCCGAUCAUUUGGAGCCUUCAAGCCAUCACCUUUCAUGUUUGCGAAGCGUCGAUGGGCAUCGAAUCCCACUACCAUGGAUGUCGAUUCUAUUCAUUCAUCUAGCACCGAACACGACUCGGCAACUACGAGUCCAGGGGAGCCGAUGUCCAUCUCUGCCAUCAAGCGCAACGAAGACGAUGUUUCUGAUGUAGAGUAUAUAUCUGGGAGCGAGGCAGCAAUAUCAAUCAUGUCAACGCCUUCAACCUUGACAUCAGUCGACAAUGCGCCCGAACUUUUGGAAUUUGUUCGUCGAUGGUCUUCACCCGGUCCGAGCAGGCUAACCGCGUUCUCAGUAUCAGAUGACGACAAACCGAUGCCCAUCUGCGACGAUGACUCGGACCUCUCAUCGGACGAGCCGGAACAGGAGAGCAUAAUGCCCUCCCCCAAACAGCUCAGAGAUAUAUAUCCAUCUACUUCUGGACGAUCGGCAUCAGGAUAUGUUCCCAAAUCUUCGUUGAGUUUCACAAACGGCAUAGUAGCCACUCCCCCCAACCUCAUUAAUGCAGGAUGGGACACCUCUUCGGACGCUUCGGAUUGA